AUAAAAAAUCACAUAAUUUGGUUAAGAGAAAAACUCCUUCAGUUUUAUAGUCACUGAUAUUGCUACAAUUAUGCUAUUUCUCAACAAAAUUUCCCCUCUAUCCUCUGUGGAACCACUCAUCUCCUCUCUCUCUUCAUUCUUCGUUACCAUACAUAACAAACUCUCUGCAUUCUCACUUAUUAUUUCUCUCUUCUAUUCGUCUUCCAAUGCUCAGACCCAUUCAAAUUCAAACUUUUCUUAGCUCCGUCACAGUGUCUUCCCAUUACUGCUUCAAGAUCUGAUCGUGUUUUUUUUUUCUUUUUCGAGAACCAAACAGAAUGGGAAGCAAAUGGAGAAAAGUGAAGCUCGCUAUUGGGAUCAACAUGUGCGUUCAAGUCCCUAAAACCAUCGAACAUUCUUCCUCUUCCUCUAUUACCUCCGCCAAAGCCUUCUCCGACCGCGUUUCGCCGUCCGCCGACGCCUCCGGCCACCGCUCCGUCACUUCCACAAACUCCUCCGCCUCCGGGCUCCGACUCUCCGGAUCCAAAUCCAAAUGCUCCAAGGGGACAUGUGCAAUUUGCCUGCACUCAAUGAAACCAGGGCAGGGACAUGCCAUUUUUACUGCAGAGUGUUCUCACUCUUUCCAUUUUCAAUGCAUCACGUCCAAUGUAAAACACGGGAACCGGAUUUGUCCUGUCUGCAGAGCAAAAUGGAAAGAGGUUCCUUUUCAGAGUCGUUCUUCUAAGGUCUCCCAUGACAUCAACCGAGUAAAUUCACCGCGAAAUGAUUCAUGGACAACUCUCUUAGGGAGGGUUCCUUCCCAACAAGUUGGUACAGCUCCACAACAUGCAUCUUCUAAUGAUGUUACUGAACCGGCUCUCUUUGAUGAUGAUGAUGAGGUUUUGGAUCAACAAACUUCAGUUACUGACGAUAUGAAUGAGGCUGAUCACAAUGUAGUAAACACAAUGGAGAUCAAAACAUAUCCUGAAGUUUCAGCUGUUGCAAAGUCAGCCUCUCAUGAAAACUUUGCUGUAUUGAUUCAUCUCAAAGCUCCCCCUCAUUCAGGGAGACCCAGCAACGACACUGAAUCAUCAGCAUCGGCUCAAAACUCUCGCGCUCCAAUCGAUCUUGUCACGGUUCUUGAUGUGAGUGGCAGCAUGUCAGGCACAAAGAUUGCACUACUGAAACGAGCUAUGGGUUUUGUCAUACAGAAUCUGAGUUCAUCAGACCGGCUUUCUGUCAUUACCUUCUCUUGCACAGCCCGCCGCAUCUUUCCUCUUAGGAGGAUGACUGAUGUUGGAAAACAGGAGGCACUGCAAGCUGUUGAUUCUUUGGUUUCAAAUGGUGUCACAAACAUUGUUGAAGGCUUGAGGAAAGGUGCCAAAGUGUUUGUUGACCGCAAGUGGAAGAACCCUGUUAGCAGUAUCAUAUUACUAUCUGAUGGACAGGAUUCAUCCAUUAACAGUAGCAGGAUCAAUGAUGUAAAUGAUUACCGGUCACUUGUCCCAUGCUCCAUUCACCGGAACAAUGGUAUCGGUCUGCAUAUACCAGUGCAUGCAUUUGGCUUUGGUGUUGAUCAUGAUGCUACUGCAAUGCACUCAAUCUCUGAGAUAUCCGGGGGUACUUUUUCCUUCAUUGAAGACGAGGAUGUGAUUCAGGAUGCAUUUGCACAGUGUAUUGGGGGACUAUUGAGUGUGGUGGUUCAGGAAUUACAUGUAGAAGUUCAGUGUGUUCACCGUCGUCUGCAACUUGGUUCAGUAAAAGCAGGAAGUUACCAAACUAGCUUGAUUGACAGUGGAAAAAGGGCAUCUAUCAAGGUAGGAGAUCUGUAUGCUGAAGAAGAAAAAGACUUUUUGGUGACAGUCAAUGUUCCGGUCGAUAAGUCUAGGGAUGAGAUGUCUUUGAUGAUAGUUAGAGGUGUUUAUAGGGACCCCAUCACAAAAGAAAUGGUGGGGUUGGGAGUAAAUAAUGAAGUAAAGAUUCAGAGACCUAAUGUAGCUAGAGAUGUAGUUGUGUCAAUAGAAGUAGACAAGCAGAGAAACAGGCUUCGAGCUGCUGAGGCAAUGGCUGAGGCUAGAGUUAAGGCUGAGCGCGGUGAUUUGUCUGCUGCAGUUUCUGUUCUGGAAAGAUGUCAGCAGGCAUUGUCUGAAACUAUCUCUGCCAAAGCUGGUGAUGAACUCUGCAUAUCUCUUGCUGCUGAAAUGAAGGAGAUGCGGGACAGGAUGGUAAACCAACGUGUUUAUGAGCAGUCUGGAAGGGCUUAUGUUCUCUCAGGAUUGUGUGCUCAUUCAUGGCAAAGGGCAACUGCACGAGGAGAUUCUACAGACAGCACUAGUUUUGUGAAUGCAUACAGAACCCCUUCCAUGGUAGACAUGGUUUCACGUUCCCAAAUCAUGUUUUUGAGGCCUCCUCCACAACCUGCAAAUGCCGUCAAACCUGCUAGAUCUUAUUCUGACCGCCAGCGAAGAAAAUAGUAAUGCAAACUGUUUGAAAAUUUCUCCUCAGAAAAGUCUAAUACAUACACUUUCUGUGGAGACCUUUAACUUUCUUCUUUUAUCUUUUUUUUUUUUUCCUUAUGGUUUUAGCAAGAUAUGGGGUAUAAUGGAAAGUGGUAAGGGAUGAGUUCUAAGUAGUUUUGAAUGUAUCCUUUCAAAAAAAAAGUUACGCAUGUAACUUUUUUGUUUUUAGUUGAAUUGUACAUUUCUGGAUAAGAGGGUAUAUGGCAACGUAGUAGAGGUAUACACUAUAUACUUCUGAUUCUUUUUUAA